AUGCGCGAAGCAGAGCAGGACCUGCACAAGUUUUGGGCCAAAUUUGAUUCCAAAUACAAAUUCAAGUUCGGCAAAACUAUUAAUGAGAUAGUAGAGGGGUUUCUCUUUGAACAUCGUAUAUUGAAGAGGACUCCGGAAUGGGUAGAACCGAUUACCAUUGCUCUGGAGAAAAACAAGCAAAAAGCUCUCGAAACCUCCUUCUCAAAGUUUGAUCUUACUACUGACGAUUCUGGUUCAUUUAAGAUUACCUCGGCACCAAAGCAGAAGAUCAAAACCAAAGGUCUGGCAAGCUUAAAGGAGGAUGACGCCGCGGAUCCCGACCAGCAGCCCUUGCGUAAAGAGGAUAUACAGCCCAUAUUUACCGUAGAUCAACGAGCCCAGAAAGUGUUCAGAAACCUAUUAUUUACCCCCAACCUUACUGCAACCCCAGGCGAGAUCCCAUGGAUUGACUUUCUCCAUGCGAUGGCUUCGACUGGGUUUUCCCCGGAGAAGCUGUAUGGUUCCGUCUGGCAAUUUACCCCUACAAGCUUAGAUGUCGAGCGAAGUAUACACUUCCACGAGCCACAUCCACAUAGCAAAAUCCCUUUCAAGAUCGCCCGAUGUAUAGGUAGGCGCUUGAACAGGGCAUAUGGUUGGUAUAGCGGCAUGUUUGUCACAUCCUGA